UGUGUCGUUGGCCUGUCGGGGGUUUUGUGUGACUCCUGUCCGAGAUAAUUUUAUUGGUUAUCUCUACAGACUUGCACGUACGAAACAGCAAUAACGAUUGAAUAAUCAAAAUCUAUUAUUGCAGCAUUCAGGCAAUUUUUCCUUGUCAUAUGCAUUGAUCCGUUAUCAUUAGGAUUUCACAAAAAGGUUUACACCACCCGCAUGUUCCUGAUCGCUUUCAUUCGAAGAUACUACACGCCGUGCUCAAGUCGUUCGAUAUUAUUACUAAUUAUUGUACAAAGUUUUCAGUUGCAGCAACGAUCCAGAAUGGAUGUCAAAUUCCGAAAGAGAAUCUGUCCUCCGGCGGGUAUCAUUCUUUUAGUAGCCGCAAUUUUGGGUGUUUGUUCAGUUGUCGCUUCUAACGAGCUGUACCUCAGCUCCAAGUUUAAUGUCAAGGAUUUUUCGACCUUUUCAUUCCAUCCACACACCGUGAUAACUGUAACUGGGGCUGAUGUUGUGCAACGAAUAAAGGACCAAAAUAUUGCGCCAGAACAAGAUAAGGUUAUCCUUGUUGGUGAGAACAACAGCUCUUAUGCCGAAUGCGGAGUGGCGAAUACAAAUGUUAUGCAAUCAAACUCUGAAAACAACAAGAUUGUUGGUGGAGAGGAAACUGCGCCAAACGAAUUCCCUUGGCAAGCACUGCUCGUAGUCGAGAUAGCUAACAACGAGGAUAAAAUCUGUGGCGGAAGUUUGAUAAACGAUCAGUGGAUUCUCACGGCCGCCCACUGCCUUUUACUCACAUCAGGACAACAGAUGGAGCGAAUCAGCGUCUAUUUAGGAGUCCACAAUUAUGAAGCGAAUGAUGAAAUUAAUCGGAAAAUGUACGUUGCGAAUAAUUACGUCGUUCAUCCCGACUCGAACGUGAACAAUUUCUCCAACGACAUUGCCCUAAUUAAACUCUCAACUACCGUCACUUUCUCGCAAUACAUCCGUCCAAUCUGCCUUGCAAGUUCGACUGAACCGGAUUACAUCAACGAACCUGCCACCGUCGCCGGAUGGGGUUUCACUUCGGAUGGUUUCGGUGCUAGCCUUAGUCCUGUGCUCCGCAAAGUAACAGUUCCAGUCAUCUCCAAUAGCGUCUGUAGUGAUGCCUAUCCCGGCAUGAUUACAGAGAAAAUCAUCUGUACCAGUGGAGCCAAUCGCAGUGGGCCUUGUAAAAGUGACAGUGGAGGGCCAUUAAUUUUCAAAGAAUCCAAUGUCAACUGGAAGCAAAUUGGGAUCGUUUCAUUCGGCUCAAGCCUAGGCUGCCAGAAGAAUUUUCCUAGUGGCUACACCAGGAUCAGCUCCUAUUCAUCGUGGAUCCAGGGCGUCAUUGUACCCACGGCCCCUACAAAUUCACCUCCAACCGUCACUUCAACUCCCGUUCCCACAACCAGCCCGUAUUCGUCUGGUCCCCACACGUACGCCUUUUUAUCUGUAUCUCUAAUUAUUUUUAGUUUUGCGUUCAGUUUUGUAGGGGGCGAUAAAUUGCUAUCAAGUUAAAUGACUUAUGAUGGUGUUGUUAAUUUAUUUCACCACCACGCGACUGUCUGUGAAUGCCAAUUGACCCAAACCAUUAAAAUUUGUUGGCAUUUUCAAGUUGUAAUUUAGUUACACCAUGACGUCGUGUAAUACCUUGGGAACUGGCUUGGCAUUUAUAUGCGAGAUAAAUUGGCUUAAACACAACCUUUCCCUAGCUACUCGUAUCAGUCUAAUUUGUGUUGUCCAGGUCUACACACGCAUAUUCCUCCGUAAGUAAUUUUUUUUAAAACUUUGUGCCAAUAGAUAACGAAAUUAAAACGUUACUUUCCUGUGAUUGCACUGACCCAGUCUACUCAAGUCUAUACAAAUAAUUGUACUACGGACGUU